AUGAUAGCCGUAGUACUCACGAACUUGACGAAGUAUCGCCUGAAAAGGAGACAACAAACUCUGCAGGCAAGUACAGUGUCGAACGAAAGACGCCGCAUUGUCCAUAUCAUUUUCACAGGACGUUACGUCCCGCCGGCCCUCAGAGUGCAGACGGAUAGUCACGAGGACCUUGCCAAGCUCACCCGCCAACUGAAAGGCCUACUGAAUCGGAUGAGCGAACAAAACAUGGCAACAGUUCUCGAUAGUGUCGAAGAACUAUAUCGCAAGCACCGUCGGAAUGACGUAACGUCUACUUUGACCACCCUGAUUACCGAUGGCAUCUCGUCUCAUGCCAUGCACAUUGAGUCGUUCGUGGUUCUGCAUGCGGCAUUCAUAUCCAGCAUGCAUAGGUUGAUAGGCAUGGAGUUUGCUGCUUUUGUUGUCCAGCACGUCGUGACCUCCUAUGAACGACACCUGUCUAUUGCGGAGGAUGGGCCAUCCCGUGAUUCCGGUCCCUCUGAGGACGUAGGCAAAGAAUGCUCCAACCUCAUCGUGUUGUUGGCCGAGUUAUACAACUUCCAAGUUAUUGCAUGUGUCCUUAUGUACGACUUGAUCCGGGAGCUGCUCAGCAGAGACUUGUCAGAACUCCGGGUUGAGCUACUCCUUAAAAUCCUGCGAAGCUCUGGACAACAGCUACGACAAGAUGACCCUUCGGCACUGAAGGACAUCGUCACCUUGGCGCAGUCUUGCAUUGCGAAGCAAGGAGAUAACCUAAGUUCGCGUACCCGCUUCAUGAUGGAGACUCUCACAAACCUCAAAAGUAACAAAGUAAAAAAGACCGCAGCCGCUCAGCACCAAGGAGGUGAUGGGGUAGAACGCUUGAAGAAGUUUCUCUCGGGGCUCAGUAAAAAGCGUCACGUACAAGCACACGAACCACUUCGCGUCUCCUUGGAAGAUCUCCGCACCGCGGAGACCAAGGGCAAGUGGUGGCUCGUAGGCGCCGCUUGGGCUGGCGAUCCUCUCGCUGACCGUCAACAAGCUGCUUCGAAGAGAACUUCAGAAGUCACGGAUAGCUCGGAGAACCAUUCUCUGCUGAAGCUUGCGCGGAAGCAAGGCAUGAACACGGACAUUCGACGAAGUAUUUUUGUCGUACUGAUGAGUAGCGAAGAUUACAUGGAUGCAUGCGAGCGGCUAUCCCAGCUCAAUCUCACUGAAGUGCAACAACGAGAAAUCGUUCGGGUGUGCCUGCAUUGCUGCAGCAAUGAAAAGUCCUACAAUCCAUACUAUGCCCUCAUCUGUCAGCACUUCUGCCAGUUGUCGCACUCCUACAAGGUUACCCUGCAAUACUGGUUCUGGGACUUCCUCCGUGACCUUGGUGAAACUAACGUCGGCGGCACUGAGGUGAUAAAAAAUCUCAAGGAUGACGAAAGCCGCCCGGAAGCUAAGAGUAUAUCUUCCUCUCGAAUGAGGAAUGUCGCCAAAGCGUAUGGAUGGUGGAUAGCGAAAGACGCUUGCUCUCUUCUGAUUCUGAAGCCUGUCGACUUCACACUUUUGAAGCCUCAGACACAGAAAUUCUUCAAGCAGCUCUUCGCACAGAUAUUUGUCGCAACGCAGGGAUCGUCGCCGAUGCUUUCAGACCGACUUGACGACAUAGAAUCACGAAAUCGCGGAGUAAUUGAAGACACCUUUAUCAGAGCGACGAAGAUCGAAAAUCUUGGCCUUGGCUUGAUAUUCUUCCUUUCACACGCGUUCCGUGAGGAGAGUGGGUUCUUGCAGUGGGCGGGUUCGGUAGCAAAGGAAACCCUACAAAGCGGAAUGGGUUACAUUCCACGGAUCUAA